GGAGGGAGCCUGGAGCAGCUCAGAGAGCAGCACCAACUCUAAACUGGGACCAGUACAAGCACUGCCACCAGUCGUAAGCACAGCACAAGAAGGUGUCGCACCGGACUUCCCCAGCACUUUUAUUUUAGAGGAACUAUGGCUUUCCUAGGAAUGAGCCCUCUUCUGAUCGUGGCCAUGCUCACCGGACUCGUAGACUUGGCGUUCUCAUCCUGCCCGCUCAUAUGCCAGUGUCCCCUGGAGGUACCCCGAUGCGCCCCAGGAGUUGGAUUGGUCUUUGACAGCUGCGGAUGCUGCAAGGUGUGCGCGAAACAGCUGAACGAAGACUGCAGCAAGAGCCUGCCCUGCGACCACACCAAGGGGCUGGAGUGCAACUUCGGGGCUAAUUCUAAAGCCACCAAAGGCAUCUGCAGAGCAAAGUCUGAAGGAAGACCUUGUGAAUAUAACUCAAGGAUCUACCAGAACGGAGAAAGCUUCCAGCCUAACUGCAAGCACCAGUGCACAUGUAUAGACGGGGCUGUUGGCUGCCUUCCUUUGUGCCCUCAAGAACUCUCUCUGCCCAACUUGGGAUGCCCAAAUCCAAGACUGGUGAAGGUGCCCGGGCAGUGUUGCGAAGAGUGGAUCUGUGAUGAAGCCAGGGACACAUUCGAUGACAUGGAAGACUUCUUCAGCAAAGAAUUCGGUCUGGAUGCUAAUGAAGGAGAGCUGACCAGCAAGAACGAGUUUGUUCCCAUUGUGAAAGGAGGACACAAAAUGCUACCUGCAUAUGGCUCCAACCCACAAGCCCAUGUUGUCGAGACCCAGAAGUGCAUUGUCCAAACCACAUCUUGGUCCCAGUGCUCCAAGACGUGCGGAACUGGCAUCUCUACAAGAGUUACCAAUGACAACAAAGAUUGCAGACUUGUUCGAGAGACCAGGAUCUGUGAGGUCCGGCCAUGUGGAGAGACAAACUACUCACAAUUAAAGAAGGGAAAAAAAUGCACAAAGACAAAAAAAGCUAAGGCUCCAGUGCGAUACAGCUACGCCGGCUGCACAAGCGUGAAGAAAUACCGACCCAAAUACUGUGGAUCUUGCGUGGAUAGCAGAUGCUGCACCCCACAGCAGACACGGACUGUCAAAAUUAGAUUCAGGUGUGACGACGGAGAAACUUUCACCAAGAACGUUAUGAUGAUCCAGUCCUGCCGGUGCAACUACAACUGCCCACACGCCAACGAAGCUUACCCUUACUACAGGUUAUUCAACGACAUCCACAAAUUCAGAGAUUAAACCUGAAAAGGCAAAGCAACACAUGGACACACUUGAGGAAAAAAGAAAAAAAAAAAAAGAAAAAAAAAAAUGGGAAUAUACUGUUGUGAAGACGUUGCAAUGCCUUCUUUGGACACUAUGUGGCACUAGAGACUUAGAAUGCAUUACCACCUGGACUUCAUUACAACAGGCUGAAAAUAUUUACAGCUUCAUAAUACUGGAGCAAACAAGUUGCUUCUUUUUUUGGAGCAGUUUAUAUUAUUAUUAUAUUAUUAUUAUUAUUUUUUUUAUUUUUAUUUUUUUGCUGUUAGUAAAUUAUCUUCUUAAGUAUUCUGGUCCCUUUAAAAAAAAAAAAAAACAGAAUUGUUUCUGCGUAUUUCUAUUGAAUGACCAAACUGGUAAACUUGGGAAAGAGAGAAAAGGUUAAGUUACAUUCCUUCCUAAUGGAUUGCGCUUAUUGAAGCGUUAAUCUGUGGCAGCUAUCACAAUCCAACAGUUCUCCAGCAAACAGAAGUUUAGAUGAAAUGUUUUUUUUAUUUUUUUCAAUUUUUUUUUGUUUUUUAUUUAUCGAAAUGUAGCUUUUUUUUGUGACAAAUGUAAUACUGGAAUAAAUUGUAAAUGAUUUUAAUUUUUA